UCUCGGUUAUGUCAACGUCCUACGUGGCUUCAGAACCAAACAGUAAGAGGACUCCGCCAGGAAUGCAUCAGCAAAAUGCGGAGUCUCGCAUUCAACACGUCAAAUACGCUCCCUGAUUUCUAAAUCUAAAUGUAUGGUUUUGCCAAUGAAGCUUGAAGUGAAGGGUUAGCUAAAUCUGCUUGUAAGUCACUAACACGUUAGCGUCAUUACAUUAGCACUGCAUCCUGUGAGGUGACACGUAUCUGGCACUCGUUUGUCUACAGUCAAACAGCAUGGCAGACAUCGAGUCCUCUUUUGAAUUUAGCUCAUCUCUGACUAGCACUUCACUGCCUCCGCCGAGGACUCGAAUCUUUAAGAUAAUCGUCAUCGGAGACUCUGGAGUCGGCAAGACCUGCCUCACCUAUAGAUUCUGUGCGGGCAAGUUCCCGGACAAGACCGAGGCCACUAUCGGGGUGGAUUUUCGAGAGAGGGUUAUCGAAAUAGACGGCGAAAAAAUAAAGGUCCAGCUAUGGGACACUGCAGGCCAGGAACGCUUCAGAAAAAGCAUGGUGCAGCAUUACUAUCGAAACGUCCAUGCUGUGGUGUUCGUCUACGAUGUCACCAACGCUGCGAGUUUCCGAAGCCUUCCAUCGUGGAUCGAGGAGUGCCGUCAGCACGCCCUGGGUCAGGAGGUGCCCAGAAUCCUGGUAGGCAACAAAUGCGACCUGCGCCAUGCCGCUCAAGUAAGCACAGACGUAGCGCAGCAGUUCGCAGAUGCCCACUCAAUGCCUCUGUUCGAGACCUCUGCCAAGAAUCCCUACGGAAACGAUGAAGGCAGUCGGAAUAAUAGUGACCAUGUUGAGGCCAUUUUUAUGACGGUAGCGCACAAGCUGAAAUCCCAGAAGCCGUUGGUGUUAAGUCAGCCACCUAGCGGACUAGGAGAUACUGUCACUCUUAGGAGACAGGAGGAUGAGGACAGGGGAAACUGGGGCUGUGGAUGCUGGAGGAGCUAAUGAAGGGAAACGUACAAGUCUGUGAGUGUGAAAGGGGAGCGGUCACCAAUUUACAGCCUGGAGACAUCUUUCAUUUUAUGGAAGAGACCCUCCUUAUGAGUCCUUGUUGUAUCUGAAUACAAAAGUGGGCCAUUAUUUUCAAGGAUAAAGCCUAUGGUUGCUCCAAAACUCUGUAAAGCUUUGACAAGUUGCAUGUAGGCCAACCUGACUUACAUAUUCUAGCUUAGACCACCGUACGUCAGCCACUUUCUCGCUCAUACGCCUUCCCGCCAUCACUGCCACAUACUUUAACAAGAUGAAUAAAUAUAUCUGCAAGAUUUACAGCGGGUUAUCGUCAUACACAACAUGUUGCCUUUUUCAUCAUACCUAUAAAGCACGUUUCAUGCCAAAAUUAGAUCAACUGUUUAGUAAUAUAAUUUGGCUUCCAUGCAAAUCUGUGGUAGUUUGUGCUUGCGAUUCAUCCAAACACGUACAGGCACUUCCUGUGAAAGUUGUCAGUUCUGUCAAGGGAAAAGACAAACCAGCGCAGGCACGCUGACAAACUGAGAUGCAGUUUUAGCAUUAGUGCGGCUAAUAGGUUUUAGAGCACCAUGGGAUGGAUUUAACAGGAAAGCAUAGAUGAUAUCCUACCCUUUCUGAAUACAUCUUUAAAGCCAGUCAUUGUCCACUGCCAGACUGUGCCAGUAUUUAUAUAUUUUCUUUCAGCAGGCAUUCAGUUCAGCAAAAUUUACUGUAGGGACUUCAGGGUUAUUAAAUAUUGUAUAUCAGAUCAAAAUGUAGACGUGCAAACAAUAUCCUAUCAAAAAGACUUUAGAUAUAAAGGAAUAAUUCCGUCACAAUAUUUCCUAUAUUGAUCUGCAGGCAAGUGCGUUAUGUAGUGUUGCAGAAAUAUGACUCAUAGCUCUUGUAGGCAAAAACGAAAUAUAACUGUAAUGCAUACCACAGAUUAGUGAGCAUAUCCGCAAACCUCAUAUGAUACAUGGCACCGGCUCUGUGCACAUGACGUUGCUCUGAUAACAGUUCUGUUUUAAAGAAUUACUCCACUUUCAUAAAAUAAUCAAAAUAAUUUACUCACCCCCAUGUGUCAUCCAAGAUGUUUGUCUUUCUUUUUUAGUCGAGAAGAAAUUACUUUUUUUUUUUUUUAGGAAAACAUUCCAGGAUUUUUCUCCAUAUAGUGGAUUUUAGUGGACUUCAACGGUUUAUAGUUUCAGUGCAGCUUCAAAGGGCUCUAAUCGAUCCCAACAUUAGCAUAAGGGUCUUAUCUAGGGAAACGAUUGCCAUUUUCGGCAAAACAUUUUUAUAUGUACUUUUAAACCACAACUUCGGGUCUUGCAAUAGCCAUGUGAUGCGCCAGCUAUUGCAUAUGUGAAACGCACAUUAAAUUGUAUAAUUUCACAUACAACAACUUCGGAACGGUCCUCUUUCUCCAAAGUUGUAAAGACUGGAGCUGUAGUUUUGCAUACGUCAUGCGUGACCUUUCGACAUGAUUACAUAAUAUGUAAGGUCACGCUGGUGCAUCACAAGGCUAUUGCAAGAUGAGAAGUUGUGGUUAAAAAGUACUUUUUUCUAUGGUGAAAAUAACGAACAUUUUGCUAGACAAGACCAUUAUGCAUCAGUUGGGAUCAUUUAGAGCCCUUUGAAGCUGCAUUGAAACUGUUAACCGUUGAGGUCCACUAUAAAAUCCUGGAAGGUUUUCUUUAAAAAAACUGAAUUACUUCUCGACUGAACAAAGAAAGACAUAAACAUCUUGGAUGACAUGGGCUUGAGUAAAUUAUCAGAAUUUUUUUUAAUGAAUGUGGAGUAUUCCUUUAAUAUUUCACUGAUAUUGAACUAGUCACUCUGUUCAAUCCAUUACAGGAUAUAUUCAUUUAGAUCUUAAAUGUAACCACAGCAGGUCCUGUGGAGUCUCUUAAAGAAACAUCAGGCAUGAAAUGUUAUUUUUUGUCUGUCAAAAAGUAAGAGGUUUGACAUAUACAUGUAAUUUGUUUAUUUAAAGUAGACAGGCCGAUUAUCUUAAGCACUGAAUUGUUUAUGGGAGCUGAAAUAUUAGCAGCAUGUGAUUGGUUGAGGAAUUUUGCAUGGUUAAUGAUGGCCCUGAAUGAAGUGCAAAUUGUUGAAUACAGUACAUACUAAAGACUUGCCUGUUUGAGCUAAAUGUUUUGACACUGAGUGUUUAAAGAAUUGUUUUCUGAUGUUUUAUCACCAGAAGUAUCAUAAGGUUGCUAGGCUUGGGCAAUUGCCACUACAGUAAUUAAUUGAAUCGACACCAUUUAAUGCGUCUUUCAGACUUGAUUGUUGUAAGUUGUCUAUUUUAACACAUUACUAAUGUACAAUGUAAUAAAGCAAGCAGGUCCCAGAAAGCUAAAAAACGAAACACUCAUAUGACAAAUAAUAUUGAUUGUGUCCUAAAUUUCUGUUAUUUUUAUUUAUUGCUGAUAAUAUUUUGAAUGUUUCUUACAUGUAUUUGCAACUGUAUGAGCCAGUUCAUGAUAUCAGUGUCAACGAUUAUAAAAUCGCAUCAUGUAAUGCCAAAACUCAAGCAUGCAAAACAAGCAUCUUCUGAUACAAACCAUGUCUGUUGGUCAUGACUUGGAGUGAUUCUUAUGAGGGAAAAACUGCAUACAAAAUACACUAUAAUCAAAGGGUUACCAAAAAUCAUACAGGUUGCGGGUUUGGUUUAAAAUUUUCAAUGGAUUAUUGAAGAAUAAAGCACCAAAUCUUUAA